GGAGUUGAGUGAGCAGGUUCAAAGUGCUUUAGUUCAACUUGAGCAGGAACGAGUCUCAGCUGUCAAGAGGUGCCAGAGAGCACACGAAGAACUCAAGAAAAAACAAAUUGAAUUAGAUUGUUGUACUGCUAAAGUGUCUGAUUUGAAGUCAAGGCUGGCCCACGCUAGGGAAAGGAGUAAGAUUGAUACAGCUCAUCUCCAGGACAAACUACAGAGAUUGUCUGAUGACUCCAAGAAAAGAAUAAUGACACUUCACAAUGAAUAUGCUGAAUUACAGGAUAGAUUCACUGCUGUUAAUAAAGAACUGAAACAGUUGAAAGAGUUACAGAUCAAGCAGGAGAAUGCCAGCAGCAGUGCUAGGGUCUCUGUCACUAGCAGUAGAGAACUGGAGGAGCUGAAGGUUGAGCUGGAGACACAGAAACAGCUCACAGACCAGUACGGUGCAAAGGUACUUGAGUGUGAGAAGGAACUAAGUUUAAAGACUGUACAGUGUCAGGAGAUGGAGAAAUCACUUGAUCUUGAAGCUACUCUGAAACAAUCUUUGCAAGAUAAGUAUGACGCAAUACUUAAAGAACUGAAAUGCUAUGAAGAGGCAGAGAGGGAGGAGUCAAAAACCACACCUACCAGCAGUAACACUGAUGACAACAUCUCUUCACUUCAAGAAGAACUUCUCAUUCAAAAACAACUAACUGAUGAAUAUAACUUUAAAGUAUGGAACUAUUAA